AAAAAGGACAUGUCACACUGACAGAAAUCGUCAGAAAAACGGCCAAAAAGUAUAGUUUAUGUUGUCUGUUAGAUGAAUUGUAUUUUUUAGCAGGAAUAACUUUGCUGUUAUGGGGGAACGUGAAAAGGGAGUGACCAGUAUUUCUGUUGAAAAUGCCAAACUUUUCGUUUUUGAAGCUCUGAAAUCUGUUGGGACUCCAGAUGAAGCAGCUUUCUUAUGCGCUGACGUUUUGAUUGAGGCUGAUAGAAGGGGACAUUUCAGUCAUGGGAUGAAUAUUCUCCAUAAGAUUUUGAUGGAUAUCAUGCGAAACUUGAUAGAUUGUAAGGCUCAACCAGAAAUAUUGUCCGAAUCGCCGUCUACUGCUUGGAUUGACGGUAAAAACGGUCUAGGUCCUGUUGUGGCAGAUUUCUGUAUGCAGUUAGCUAUAAAAAAGGCUAAAGAGGUUGGUUUUGCCGUAGUUUCCGCAAAAGGUUCUUCUAACCCUAGUAUUAUGGGUUACUGGAGUGAAUACGCUCUAAAACAUGACUGCAUAGGCAUGACAUUCACCAACGCUGCGCCCAUGAUGGUACCAACAAGAGCUAAAGAAGGUGCCGUGGGGCCAAAUCCCAUAGCCUUUGCCGCGCCAUCUCACGGUAAUGAUUCCUUCUCUUUGGACAUGGCAACGUCUACUGUAUCAGGAGGAAAGAUCGAGAUAUGUAGAAGAAAACGAGAACCUCUUGUGAAAGGUUGGGCGUUUAAUGAGAAAGGCAUUUUAGAGACUGACUCCGAAAUAGCUGUGAAAAAGAUGCUGCUAGUUCCUUUGGGAGGACUAGAAAACACGGCUGGUUACAAAGGCUAUGGUCUGUCUUGCAUGGUGGAAAUAUUCUGCGGGAUACUUUCAGGUAGUAAAUUUGGGCCGCAAUUGGAUAUUUGGAGUGAAGACAGAACUGAACCUGCAGACGUUGGACACUGUUUCAUGGCGAUCAAUAUUGAAAAUUUUGCCCCCUAUUUCAGAGAUCGACUACACGACCUUUUACUCACUCACAGGAAGUGCGAACCGGUGGACCUUUCCAAGCCUGUGUUGAUACCCGGUGACCCAGCAAGAAUGUACAGAAAGAAAGUGGCGAAGCAACAAGGCAUAAGGUAUUCCCAGCAACAAAUAAACACAUGUCAAAUAUUUGCCAAUAUACUAGGGAUUAAACCAUUGCAAUGCCAAACUUCAAACUAGUAUGGUUCAUUGUAUUCCAAAGACAGAUGCUGCAAUAAAAUGAAUAUGAAAAAA